AUGACCUUUCUGUUGAUCUUAUUCUCAGUUCUAUGUAUAGAUUUUCUCAGUACAAAAAAAUGGAUUAUUAAACUCACCUGUGGUUGUAUUAAAUCAUGUCCGAGUUCUUGUAUAAAAUUCCCCCCAAGUGGUGGUAUAAUUACACUUAAUAAAUAUGGUUCCAAAAGAUCACCUCAAAAAAUUGUUGGCCAAAGGAGUGUUUUAAAAUGUUACUUACAAAAGCAUAAUUUGAGAAUGAAGCCUCAGGGCGGGAGGAACGUCCCUCCUGUUAUGUAUAAAACUAAGAAAGGAGGACUGAUAAGAGAAAGGAAAAAAAUAUAUAUGAACGAUUUAGAGAAACGGAACGAGAAUUACAAAAAGUACAUUGAGGGAAUUUGUGAGGAGUUGAGAAGUAUUCAUAAUAGGGAAGACAAAAUGGAGCAUCUUAUGAGAGAAAAUUUGGAAAUAUACAAAAACAGUUUUGCUAUUCCAAUAGAUAGGAAAAAGUUUUCAACUAAUGAUGAAGUAAUCUUUAAAAAGGGUAGUAGGAGCUUUUUUGUUAAUCAAGUGAGGGAUGGUGUGUUCUACAGGUACGUCAAUAGAUGUAAUUCGAAUUUGUACUUGGCUGUAGAUGUCGCUGAGCAGUAUGGGACACCAUCGCUAGCAGAUGCAGCAUCGGCAUGGUCAGUAGAAUCAGCAUGUUCAGCAGAAUCAGCAGAAUCAGGAGGGGAAGAAGUAUCCCGGAGAGGCUACAUAACCAAAGGGGGGGGGGAAGGAGAAAACACAGCGGAGUCGAUUUUCUUCCCAUCACCCGACAGGAGGUCCUCAAAAAAUAAAGAAAAUGAUAAACUGAACAAGGUGAGAAAAAUGAAAUCGGUUGUCCCUAUGUACAACAGAAGCUUCGUGAAUCAUCCUCUUUUGAAAAGAAGAAAAUUUGUGAUUACCAUAGACGGGUUUAGUGAUAACGUCAUUUUGUACUGUUUCCUGAAGGUUCUGUUGAAAGGCCUUGAAAAGUUGGACUUGGAAUUUUUUCUGAGCAUGGGUUUUGAAAAAGUGAUGAGUGAACUCAGGGAUGUCUACACCAUUCAUGUAAAUGUGGAUCAUAUAGCUGAACACGUUUUUCAUCGCGUGGAACGGGUUCUAACUCUCCACGGAGGGGUGGAGACAUCACCCACAGAGGAGACAUCACCUACAGAGGAGACAUCACCCACAGAGGAGACAUCACCUGAGGGUAAAAGAUUGAAAGGUAGGGAGAGGAGGGAACAGACCAUGGAGAUACACCAACAUCCCAGAAUAGCACAUAUGUUAAGUGGUGGAGUUGAUUCACUGAUGGCACUGCGUCUGUUGGAGAGUAAAAAUUUUUACAUAAAUAAUUUUUUUUUAAAUUUUACAAAAAGCGACUGUAGUAAAAAUGACCUGAAGUAUGUAAAUAAAAUAUGUAGAAAAAGAAAAAAUUUGUACAUUAUUAAUAUAAAUGAAGAAUAUAUUGAACAAGUUCUUGUACCUAUGCUUAGAAGUUACGCAGGUGGAAAAAUUCCCAAUGCUGAUAUUAUGUGUAACGAAAAGAUAAAAUACAAUUUGCUUAUGUUAAAGAUAAAGCAAUUGUGUAAAGAACAUGGUAAACUACAUGAUUAUUCAUAUAUAUCUACUGGUCAUUAUGCAAUGAUAUGUACAAACGAUGAAUCCAAUGUGAAUAACAUAUUUAAUAAGAACUUCCCGUAUGUUGAUGAAGGAGAGAGAAAAUCAAAAUAUAACAGAGGAAAGAAAAAAAAAAAGAAGAGGUACCAAUUAAUUAUAGGAAAAGAUAAAAAAAAAGAUCAAACUUUUUUUUUAUCUUCCUUUUCGGAAAAACAAUUAUCUAAGUUUUUGUUUCCGUUGUGUAUUUAUCAAAAAAGGCACAUUAAAAAGUUUAUGCAAAGAAAGAAAGAGGAUGAGGAGGAGGACUACAACAGGAAGGAGACUCGCGGUUUGUGUCUGUACGGUCAGGUGAACAUGCAAUCGAUGCUUAGACUUUACCUUGGUUCGGCUUCCCUACAAUCUAAACCCAUUGAUAAUGUUACUACCCAAGUGGAAACCUCCACUUCAAGCGAAAUUUCCACUCCGGGAGAAACCUCCACAUCAAGCGAAAUUUCCAACCAAGUAAGCACCAAAAUGGAAGAAUGGGCUAAGGAACAAUUACAUUCGUCUGAAUUUCUCACUUUCAGAAGGAAAUACAUGACAUCAUUUGACCUACAUUACAAGAACUACAUAAUAAAUCUGGAUGAAAGAAAUGUGAUAGAUAUAAAUUCAGAUAUCCACCUGUACGCCAUUGGACAAAAGAAAUAUAUAACAAAUUACAUACACGAACUUUAUAACAAAAGAAGUAAAGAAAACAAGGAGAAAAGAAAGGAGAAGAAUUUUUACUCCUCAUGGCAAUGGACUGUAGUUUAUAAGAAAAUAUUGAAUAACUCCAUUUUAAAUGAAAAGGAAAAUUUUAUAUAUGUAAGUAGUGAUUAUGAGAAGGGAUUAUUUAAACAUGUACGUAUGAAGUGUAAAUUGGAUCGAAUAAGAUGGAUACAGGGAUCUCUUCCUUCUUGUUUAAGAUCUCAAAGAAUGUUAAAGAGAAAAGGAAAAAAAAAAAAAAAAAAGAAACCACGAACAGAUACAAAUAGAACAAAGGUUUCAAAUGUAAUAUUUGUCAAAAUUAGAAAUAACGAAAAGAUAAAGGAAGCUACAAUAACUCUGGAUGGUAAGGAUGCAGAAACUGGUUACAUGUUAUUGAGACGUAAGGAUAUAGGAUUGUCACCAGGGCAAAUAAUAACUUUUUAUUUUCCAUUCAUUAUAAACAAAAAUGGAAAAACCAAAUAUGUGUACCACCCAUUGAUUCGGAAGGGAAUUCGUAACAGUAAGUGCAAUAGUACAUGGAAGAGAUCUAUUUUUUUUCAUUGUCUUGGUUCGGCUCGAAUUAAGAACCAGUAUCUGAACUUUGGUUUGUAUCGAAGGAUCAUGAAAAUUCACAAAGAUAAUGAGUUGCCACUUUUUGGAAAAGACGUCAUUCAGAAGAAGGAGUGA